AUGGCUUAUAAAUCGAUUGAUAGUGUUGGUGUAAGACAGCUCCGAAAUAGACUGAACAACUUACGCGAUUAUGUUAAUGAUAAUGAAUUGAAUCGAAAUAUUGAACAAGUGAAUCCAAACGAAGCAGAAGAAAAAAAUGAGCAGCUGAAUUUGGAUCGUCUACAAGAUAGAAAUGAUGAAGUUAUUUUUCCAGCUGUACCCAUGGAUAAUCAUGAACAUUUAAAAAAUAUUUUCAACUCGAUGAGACAACAAACACCAAAAAACAUUAUUAUUGCUAGGUUUGUGUUCGAGAACUGGAUCAUCAAAACGAUGAAUGUUCGUCUUGCGAAGAAAAAAAAAAUUCGUACUUUGUCCAACUGUCUAUGA